AGAUUUGGAAAUGGACAGUCCUAUCCAGCCACGAGAAGUGUAACAAAUCACAAUUGAUUGUGACUCAAAAACCCAUCACGAUCUGAGUUUGUAGUUUUCCAUCUUUCUUUCUGGGCGAGGAAACUUCUGAAUGGUUAGUUGAAAAGGUUUUGUGAAGCUCCGCGUCUAGGGAUUCCAUCACUGCAAGUGGCAUAUGACAAAAGCAAGGUGGAGGUGGAGUCCCAGACCUACAAGGCUACAAGUACAACAAAAGAUUAAGUUCUGAAGAAAGUGAGAGAUAUCAGAAGAUCAUUGCAUGGACGUCUAAGCUGUAAAGUGCAACAAAGCUUUUAUAUACAAGAGAGGGAGAGAGAGAGAGGGGGGCGGGGGGGGGGAUGGCAGAGACUGCGGUCCUUCCUCUAGCACAGAAACUAGGUGCUCUAUCAACCGAUGAAGCAAAGUAUCUCUCACAGUUGAAGCCAGAAGUGGAGUCACUCUACACACAACUCCACAUGAUGAAAGCUUCUUUGAAGGAUGCAGAUGCAAUACUGUACAAAAGCGAGCGGGCUAAAGAGUGGGUGAAACAACUCAGAGAGUUGGCCUUCCAGGCAGAAGAUGCCAUCGACAUGUUUGUAUACAAAGUGGCAGCACAGAAUCAGCCGGAUAACAUUGUUCAGAAAAUCAUCAAGUUCCUAAAACUUCUUAUUGAUUCUCAUCAGCUAAGAGUAAACAUUGAAGAUAUCAAAGGAAAGCUCAAAAGGCUUUUCGAUGAAAGAACAAGUUUUGAUAUUAUGCCACCCCCUUUAGGGGUGUUUGAUAUUAAGCCACCCCCUUUUGUGGUAUCUACUCAAGCACAUCAACCUGAGCCUAUCGGUAUCGUCGGCUUUGAUACCGAAGCAGAGGAGGUUGCGAAGUUGCUGAUGGAAAAAGAGCCGCUUAAACCUUUCGGUGUUGUCUCAAUUACCGGCAUGGGUGGAUUAGGAAAAUCUACCCUUGCUAGAAAAGUCUUCAAUAGAGAUGAUGUGAAAAGGCACUUUGAUUGUCAAGCCUAUGUUACCAUAUCAAAAAAUUAUAGUACAUGUGGUGUUCUAUGUAAAAUCAUAAAACAAGUCAUACCGGGGCUCACAGGAGAAGAGAAAAGGGCAUUGGCAUUAGAGAAGGGUGAAAUUUUGGAGGAAAAGCUUUCUGAGUGUCUUAAGAAGAAGAAGAAUUAUCUCCUUGUAUUGGAUGAUGUUUGGAAGAAAGAAGAUUGGGAUAAUCUGGCACGCACCUUCCACGUUCCAUGUGACGGCCAACAGUACAGAGUGUUAUUGAUAACUCGUGAAGAAGACGUAGCCCGGCAUGCUGACCUGAAUGCUUAUCCGUACAAGAUAAAAGUAAUGGAUGAAAAGAAUAGUUUAAGACUUUUCUGGAAGGUGUUCUGCCGAUCCCAAAAUGACAAAUACAUUGAAGCAUGUCUCAACCAUCUCAAUAAGGAAAUGGAAUAUCUGGCAAUGGAUUUUGUUAAGAAGUGUGAUGGAUUACCGCUUGCUAUUGUUGUAUUGGCAAGCCUUUUAUCCGAAAAAGAGCCAAGAAACUAUAAUGAAUGGAAGAAAGUGUUGGACCGUGUGAACUGGCAUCAAGGCACAAGCAACUAUGGAGAGUGCGCUAUGGUCAUAUAA